CACCAACAGACGGUUUCAAGCUCCCCCCGACGGCAGCAGCCCCUGUUCGGAUCGGCAAUGUUGAGGAUGGAUGUAGCCUGCUAGAAAAAAAAGACACCGGGGCACAGUGAGAGAGAGAACACUACUGCUGUGUAGCUAUGGAGAUCGUAAGUGGUCGCUUUCUUUGACAGGUGUCGGAACAGGACUGAAUAAAAAGUAUCGAAACCAGCUUCAAGGAUGUACGCCAAGGGGAAAGGUGCUGUUGUGCCCUCAGAUAACCAAGCAAGAGAAAAGUAAGUGGGAAUAGUGCACUGUCACAAAAACACUAGCUAGAGACACUAAAGCUAGGAUAUCUACUGUUAUCUCCAACGCUCACAUACACCACCUAGCUUGUUGUCAUAUAAAGUGUGCAGAUGAGGAUACGAUAUGCUCUCUCUUCGUAGUUGUUUUGGUUCUUUGUUUUUCCAGGUUGUUUUCUUGCAUCGGUGAAGUCUUGUAGCCCUCCCUAACAAGCAAGCAGUUAUUGGGAGUUGAUGGCUAGCCUAGCUAACGUUAGCUAACUACCAAGCUAUCCAUUCCUACUAGUUUCAUUCUCAUCCGGUACAGUAGAUUAUUAACUUCAUGUAUGAUGUUGGAGAUAUUAAGCAACAUUGGCAAAGUAGUUUGUUUUAAAACUAUGUGCAAUAUGUUGCAUUUUAGAAUUUAGUGCAAAAUAGAGAAUCCCUCUCCCUACCUCUCUGGGUAUUGGGAACAAUGCAUUCGUAAAGAUGCUUGUGUGUUGUUUCAGGAAUCCUGUGAUUAGCUUAUGGUGAAAUAACGUAGCCGACUGAUAGCUUUUACAAAGUUGAAACCAAUGUAACAGGUUUUGUUUCUGUGUAACAAAGGAGUGUCCAACGUUCCAAAAAGUAACUCUUCGAACUCACUCGCUUGUAUCAAUGUGUGUUCUUUCAUACGCGAGCUACUGAUAGGUAGGCUAGGAGCUAGCUAGCGGCAAGUAUGACAACUUUGUGUCCAAACCGUUUGUUUAGCCCUUAUCAAAGAGUAAAUUACGUGUACUUUAUAAAACGAGGUUUGCUGUAAUUUAAAAUUGGCCCUAUGCUGAGCAUUUGGCCGAAUAGUUGAGUUAUAAACUAGGUAGUGUGCUAGCUCAGAUAGCGGUAGCUUACCUAUCCCUUUGUCUGCUAGCUACGGAUGCCGUUUUGUCUGUGAAGGAUGCUGGUCCGCUGAUGUAGGAACUGGCAGCGAGUACGACAGUAACUAUCUUAUCCACCCUGUGCUACUGUGUUUUUGCAUUUAUGUUUCGUUCCUAAUCAUGUUUGUCUCGCAACAUGUGUUGAGACUUCAAAUUUUUAUGUUAUAACCUGCAGAACCAGAUACCCAUAAUUAUGCACUGUGAACAACACAACUACUAGGCUAUUCAUACUGAUUUAUUUGAACUUUACUUACAAGCUGUAGAUGGCUCUUUUUCCCGUGUCUUGCCAAAUGUCAACAAAGCCGGAUACCUCAUUAUUUGCCCAUGCUUUUUCCCACACACUUCAGUCCAUGUUUCAAUAAAAGCUGUUCCAAGCCUUGUCCCUUAGAUGUGCAAAUAAAUUGUCAAAGCAUUUGUCUGUUCCUUUUGUCUAUGUCUGUGUUGUGCUUGAUAUGAGUAUGUUCAUCUCUGCAAUCUAGCCUAACUGAUUAUCUCUGCAAUCUAGCCUAACUGAUUAUCUCUGCAAUCUAGCCUAACUGAUUUUAUGAAUCAACCUCAGCACGAGCUCAGGGCAGACCAUCGCUCAGCUCAGAAGACAAACUUUUGUUGAUCUUCCUCUCCUCCCCUCUCCAUCGCUCUAUUAUUCUGCCUCCUUACCUCCCCUCUGUCUCCUCUCCUUUCUUCCCCCCCCCCCCUCUCCCAUGCUCAGUUCUCCCUUCCUCUCUUCCAAGUCCUCAUCUCCCUCUUCUGUGUUGAAUUAUUGAGUGUCAGACUGAAGCGGUUGCUCUCGCUGUGAGUUGGAGCGGUGUGUGUGUGCGGUCGCCCCUGAUCUGGCGCAAUGUGUGUGUUUCUCUGUCUGUGAGAAGGAGAGAGUGUGUGUGUGUCGGUGGGCUGGCUUAUCCAUGUUUAAAGAGGGGUUUUGUCUGCAGCCGCAGGCAGGAUGUCAGGUGUACUGGUGGCGUACAUCAGGGGGGAAGUUUGUGUGAAAGAGAAUGAGGGAGGAGUGAGCUGUCCCUUUGCUGACUGAAGAAGUGUGCGUGUGCACAGAGACACUACCUUCCCAUCACAACAUUUCCCCAGUGUUGCAGCUCAAGAAACUCUUCUCCUCUCAAUGCGUGAUUUUAAAUAAUGCAGCAGACCAGGUGCACAUAGCCCCCCCACACACACACACAGACAGGCCUCCCAUCACACAUAAACAUUUCAUCAGUGCCCUCGUGGGGGCGAUCAGCAGUUUGAUCCAGUUAACCAUAGCAUCCUGUAAACGGUCAGGAGAAGACAUGGUGAGUGUGUCGUGUGUGUGAGAGUAGACCUACACUAACUAAAGUCAGUGGUGUAGUGGAGGGUAAACGCAGUUUACCCACCCUGCAUCCCACUUCUGGCUUGCCUCUGAAGCUAAGCAGAGGCCCUCUUUCCUCUGGUCUAAAAAAAGAUCACAAUGCCCCAGGGCAGUGAUUGGGGACAUUGCCCUGUGUAGGGUGCCAUCUUUCGGAUGGGAUGUUAAAAGGGUGUUCUGACUCUCUGUGGUCACUAAAAGAUCCCAUGGCACGUAUCAUAAGAGUAGGGGUGUUAACCCCGGUGUCAUGGCUACAUUUCCCUACCUUUUGGGGAAAAAUGCAUUGAAAGUAUAGGCAGCGUUUCUUUAUUCACCGUGACCGCCGAUCAGUUUACCCACCUGUUUUUUUACCACUACAUCACUGACUAAGGUGUGUGUGUGUGUGUGUGGGUGGUACUUGUGUGUGUCGAGAGACCCUAAACCAGCAGUCUCAAAGAGCUAAGUGAUUUUCAAAUCACUGACUGCCUUGUGCAGUGGUCACAUUGCUACAUUUUGUCAGGUGUGUGUGUGUGAGAGAGAGGCCUAACUGACCCAAGACUGACAGUAAACUCCACUACACAACCAGGAAGCCUCAGAGAGUUGUGCGUGAUAGAACCACUACCUCUGACAUCCUGGCUCAUAAAUCACAAGCUCGCCUGUCUGAAGAGCUGCAACCUCACAAUUACCUCCUGCUCUUAAGAGGGUUAGGACUCUUCUCUGGCAGUGUGUGUCCUGUCUUACCAGUUGUUAUCGGUGUGAUCACAGGAUGGGAACACCCCUCAGCUAUUUAUGACCCUGUCCUGUGAGACAGCCCUUACGACUGUACACACACACACCAGACCUGGGUUGAAAUACAUGUGUAUUUUAUUAUUACUUAUUUCAAUACUUAUUUUCUGUGUAUUCGAGAAUUUUCGAAUAAUAUGGUCAGAAUCAACUACUUCUAUUGUAUUCACGAGCUGUUGCGUCUCAACUGUUGGCAGGCACAACACAAACACCUCAGAUGAUGAAAGGGCUAAGCUACAACAUAUGCGAAAUAUAAAAUAAAAAAAGCGGAGUUUACCAUUUUUGUAAAAAUAAUUGUUUUAAAAUUUAAAACAUUGUUUUUCAACAAAUUAUAAAAUAGUUUGACAACCCUGUUUUGUAAGGCUUUUUAAAUGAUAUUUUCCAGUGAUGAAGACAUGGCUGUCUCAUGGUGUGUAAAAUGGGUCAAAUUUGAGCACCUUUAUCUCCUGAAUGUUUUGGCAUUCAGGUCCAAGAAGUCACUUUCUGACCAUUUCGGUCAUGGUCAAAUAUGUAUGGAAAGUUUUUUGUUUAAAUCAAAGGGGAUGCUGUCAAAAAGUAAUUGAAUUCAAAUGAGUGGAAUCUCUCUUGAUGCAGGAUAACACUUUGUUUUUAUAGUACAUUUCCUGCAGUUCUACAUAUUUUGCCAUGGGGCGAACAUUUUAUGCAAUUUUAUAACAAAUUUCAUACCGUUCUACUAAUUUUGCCAUGAAAAAAAAAUAAAAUACGGUUUUAGUUACUUUCCAGCAAUUCUACCCAUUUGCCAUGGGGUGAAAUGUUUGCCUUUUUAAAGAUGCACUAUGCAGAAAUUGCUCUUAAAAUUCUAAUAGUUAGCCUAAUUUCCGUUUGUGACAAAACAAGCAAGUAUAGUGUAGAGAAUCAUUGUGCCAUCUAAACUGCUGUGAAAUAUUGUUUCCAUAACCAAAUAUAUUUCAUUUUCAGCUGUUUGAAGCUGGUGUACAAAACCAAAAGUAAAAGUAAAAGGCGCAAAAACCAAACUUAAAAAUGGGAGGCAUAGAAAUAGCAUACAUACAACAGAUCUACCGCUUCUUAGACUUAAUUUCAAUGAGAAUGACAGAUCUAUAACUCACAUUUCUAUGGGAAUUUUGUCGGGUUGCCCAAAAAGUUACAUAUUGUAGCUUAGAAGCAAAUUUCCUGCAGUUCUACAUAUUUUGUCAUGACUUAUGCCAUGUUAACCCUUUUCAGCCUGAGCGGAAUGUUCCAUUUCUUACUGGAUCAUGACCUUGUCGUGCAUUAAUGAGUAUAAUUUGCUGGUGUAAAAACAUAUAUGAAAACAUGAUACCUAUUUUGAAAGCUGAGAAACUGCCCUUUCAAAUGACAAUAAUCAGUCAAGAAAGAACACCUGUGAAAAUGUAUCUUUUAUAUAUGAAAAUCAAUGCUUUUCCCCAAAAAAUAACUGCCAUUUACAACACUUUCUAAUGAGGAUAGAGAAAAACUUAGAGCAUAUUGAGUGUUUUGUUUUGUAAGGAUUGAAAAUCUGAAAUCAGAAUACAAAUACAUUUGACUGUGAACUAGUUAGUUGUUUUAGUGACCAAUGGUAUUUAAAAAAUGAUAAUAAUUGUAUAUGGAAUGUUCCUUGAUCAGACACUUUAUUAUCUGGAUAGUAUAUUAAACACAUCUGCACCAAAACAAAUUACAAAAAGCAUUUAGUCUUACAUAUGAUAAGGAAAGACAUAAACAAGUAACAUAAUAUUAAUAACACAAUAACUUUAUUGAAAGAAUAACGUUAGGGAAUACAUUGUCUCAUUCAAACUUGUAAAAAAAGAAAGUGCAAGUUAUCGCCAUCAUAGCCAUAACAUUAUAUACAACAUUCAUCGCAGGGAUAUUGUCAUCAAAAUCGAUCUGGAAUUACAUAAUAUAAUAAGAAAGGCAUAUAAUAACAAUAAUUGGCUUUUACAACGGUAAUUUCUUCUAUACAUCCAUUACACUAGAACAAUAGCCUAUCACGUGAGGAGUCAGACCGGGAACAAUUUAAAAGCCCAACAUUAUUUUACAGUCUUUACAAGUCCUUUACAUCUCCAAGGCCAUGAGAGUCAUGACUCAAACAUGUAGGCAGGCUGGCAUGCAGGAUGUAUGGGAUAAGGAAAGGAAAACAUAUACAAGGGUGAGGAACAUGCACGAGUCGGUUAUCUCAGAGUAGCUGCGGUGGACCUGGAGUGCAGCCGGUGGCUGGUAGGACAAGGAGGCAAGGCCAGUGGGGGAGGACCAGAAGGAGGUGCGGAGGGGGAAAGAAGGGUAGAGGCAAGAGUGGAUGCGGUCUGGGGAGGGGCGUAAUGCUGGGCAGCUGGGGAGUGUGUUAAACCUGUGGGGGCAGGGGGACAGGCAUCAGUUGGCAUCAAGCAUACUGUGUUUCUAUAACCGCCCUAAACCAGCCUGAUCUGGCAAGCUCACAUUCUGUUUCACUGCAAGUGAAGUGAAACCAGUGUGGGCACAGUGGUCAAUCUGGUUUAGUUGACAUUUCAGUCAUUUAGCAGACACUCUUAUCCAGACCGACUUACAGGAGCAGUAAGGGUUAAGUGCCUUGCUCAAGGGCAGAUCAACAGAUAUUUUUCACUUAGUCAGCUCCGGGAUUCGAACCAGCGACCUUUCGCUUACUGGCCCAACGCUCUUAACCGCUAGUCUACCUGCCGAUUUUACUAGCCCAUACCAGCGACCAACUUAGCUAUGUUAUCGACAGUACACAAAUGAAAUCUUGCUCACUUAUUUUGCCAGCUAGAAAGAAAUAGCCAAAAAUUAAUUCAGAAAUGGAAGGAGAGGCUAGCUAGCUAUAGCAAUAGCUAACGCUAGCUGCUGCCUCUUCAAGCAGCAUUACAACCAACAUUCACCACUGCAAAUACAGACUUUGUAAGAAAAUAAUUUAGUAUUUAAAGUGACAUUAUUGAUAAAACAUUGUCAUAACCAAUUUAACAACUUUCUUACCUCAACUGAUCCACCUGGUGGUUUCCAUUUUGAAGCUGUCAAAAUAGCACUCGAUCCACUCUCCUUCCAGUCAUCUACCAGGGCACUGAGGCAAAUGGAGGAUUUGCUCCGUGACCUUUCGUUGAAGUAAAAAAAAAAGUUCCCACCCAUAAAGCCCUAAACCAAUUAUAUCUAUUUGUAGCUCAUGUUGUCAUGUGUAAAUGGCAGUUUACAGAAAUACAUUUUGGUGAUUGGACGGCAGUGUUAUUAAGGCUUUAAACCAUCGUAACUAUUAUUACGAAAUUAGAAUGCUCCGGCUGGAAGGGUUUUAAUGAUAUCUGAGUGAGAAAGACUAACAAAAUCAAUCGGGGACCAUAGGCACGUGCCCUGCAUAGCUGGUCGGUAUUCGGCCAUGAUUACUACAAAUUUAGAUAGCUGGCUAGAUUAAUUUACCAAUCUAAAAAUUGUUAGCUGACAUGGGUAAUUGAGUGACUGUCAGUGACUGACAUAACAAGAGAAAAAUUGCUGAUGCACAACCAAAUUUCGAACUUGCACCUUGUGUAUUCUACUAUUCUAACUCGCAACAGUAAGUUGAGACCCCGACUGAGUUCCCAAAAACAACCUAGCAGCCUAGGGCCCUAAGCGACUGCUUAUGCCUGGAGCCGGCCCUGCACACACAGUCAGCCUUGUUGUUCUAGUAGGUUUGUGUAAUCCUCAACCAGAUCUUUGCUAAUGCUAACGCCUAUGGCUUUUUCGAUAGAUUUGCUAAUGCAAAGUCCUGUUCUCCUCUGUUGCAGGUUAGCGCUGUACGUAUAUGAGUACCUGCUGCAUGUAGGAGCACAGAAGUCUGCACAGACCUUCUUGUCAGAGGUAAGACGCACACACCUUUCUGUCCGACGACGUCGUCCUACCUCUAGCCUAGUGGUCUCCAACUUUGCUCCUUCCCAGGAAGUAAGGGACUAGAGUGAGACAGUGGGAGAAAGGUGGAGACUGACAGAGGGAGACUGAGGUAGGGAGAUUUGGACAGGGAGCGGGAGCCUAGAUGGAGGCAGUGGCAGAGGAAGGGAGACCGAGGGGGAAGGACGGAGUUGACAGAGGUAGAACGAUGUGUUUACUGUGUCUCAGAGGGCAUUGACUGAGAGGUAGGGAAAGAAGAGGGGGAGAGAGAGGGCGCGGUCGAGAAAGCGGAACAGCGUUGACUGGCUGAGACGGACUGAUUAUGUGUUCUUAACCUCUAGGCCAGUGGUGUCAAACUCAUUCCAUGGAGGGCCGAGUGUCUGCGCAUUUUUUGGUUUUUCCUUUCAAUUAAGACCUAGACAGCUAGGUGAGGGGAGUUCUUGACUAAUCAGUGACCUUAAUUAAUCAAUCAAGUACAAGGGAGGAGUGAAAACCCGCAGACACUCGGCCCUCCACACACACACUGACCGUCUCCUCCCUUACUGAGUUUAGAACUACACAUCAUGUUGCUUUGUCUCUCUCUCUCUCUCUCUCUCUCUCUCUCUCUCUCUCUCUCUCUCUCUCUCUCUCUCUCUCUCUCUCUCUCUCUCUCUCUCUCUCUCUCCUCUCUCUCUCUCUCCUCUCUCUCUCGCCUCUCUCUCCUCUCUCUCCUCCUCUCUCUCUCUCGUUCUCUCUCCUCUCUCUCAGCUCUCAUCUCCUCCCUCUCUCUCUCUCCUCUCUCUCUCUCUCUCCCUCUCUCUCUCUCUCUCUCUCUCCUCUCUCUCUCUCUGUCUAUCUUUCAGAUACGAUGGGAAAAGAAUAUUACAUUAGGGGAGCCUCCUGGAUUCCUGCACUCAUGGUGGUGGUGAGUAUCUAGGCCAUGUGUGUGUGUGUGCGUAUGUUCUUGUGUUCAGGUGUGUGUGUUCCAUUAGAAUAUCACCACUCCAUAUCAUUUCCAUUCAGAUACAUAAGUGUGUGAGAGCGCAUGUCAGAGUGUGAUAGAUGGCAAGUGAGGGUAGGAUCGUGAAUGACUGAUAUACUGUCCAUAGAUGCGGUAAAGGAGUCAAUGGAACGCAGACGUUCCAUUGACCAGAUUGGCACACAUUCAACAAAUCUGAUCUAACAAAGUGGACAUUCAUCAAAUCCGUCAUGAUUUAUGUAUUGUAACAGGCCCACAAUGUGGUUACUUAGUCCGAUUUGGAUAUAUUUGGCUGUUUUCGCUGCAUAACAUGUAGAAGUUGUCCCUUUUCAGGUUUAGAAGUGACUGCUAAAUGCUAACUCCCGUUCGUAUAAGCUGGUUAGCAUAGCUAAAAUGUAGGGUCAUUUUGCUGGGGGGCAAUGAGGAGAUUCGGGAUCUUUCCCCCACGGCACUUUCCUCAAUGCGUUUCCAUGGCAAUUCUAUUGCUUUGGUGGAGUUCGAUUGACCUCUUUACCGCAUCUAUUGGCUCAUCAGGUGCUCCCUAAUAUUAACCCUCUUCCUCUAUUUCCCAUGGCAGUGUAUUCUGGGAUUUGUAUUGCGCUGCGCCGGACAGAAGGGAGAACUGCGAACACUCCAGCGAGGCCAAGGCCUUCCAUGAUUACGUGAGUGACAGGCCCCAAGUGUGUGUCUUCAUCCCAUCUCUUCCCUUUGGCCUAGGGUAGUGUGUGUGUGUGUGUGUGUGUUGCUAUCGUCAGUGUGUGGAGAUAAUGGAAUAGAGGUCCUAAUCCACUAAUCCCAGCACUGGGCCGGGGCUAAGCCAGGGAUUUGUGGGUGUGUAUGUGUGUGUGUUGCAGCCCUGGCAUCCGGCCCAGAGCGAUGGGGGCUUUCACAUCCUCAGUGCCAGAGAGAGCUGGUUAACCGUGUGUGUGUGUGUGUGUGCAUGCUUUGUGUGUAUGUUCUGUCUUGUCUGCCUUGGCUGGCAACUGUUUGUGAGUGAAGCGCCAAGUUUGCCAGUCUCGAGGACCAGAUGGGCACUCGAACACACAAGGUGUGUGUAUAUCCAUGUCUAGUGUUCUGGCAGGGGGAGCGUGCAUCUCUGUCUGUCUGUCUGUGUCUGUGGGCUCAGACAUGGAUAUAAGUCAUAGAAAGCUAAUUCUAUAGUUCUUCUGUAACUCUCUAUUUGCCUUACUCUCUCUCUCUCUCUCUCAUUCUGCCCCCUGCACACUCUCAUCUCUCUUUUUUUUUGGGGGGGGGGGGGGAUUACCACUCUCUUCUCUCCCCCUUUCUUUCCCAUUUUCUCUCCCCUCCACUCUUUUUAUUUCUCUGUCCCUCUCUCCAUCUUCCAGUGUUUGUUUGUGUCUUACCAUUUGAAAAGGUACAAGGAAAAGGUCAAUAAUGUGUUGAGCACCAUUGAUCUGUCCAUUUAGUGGUGUGUGUGUGGGGGGGGGGGCUGGAUAGAUCAAUUCCAUUCAGUAUCGGUUAGCCACAUCGCCCAAUCAAAUCAUCAGUUUUGGUUUGUUGAUUAAUUAUUCAUGGUGGUGGAUUCCUAUAGGCUGAGCCAGACAUUAACCUCCCUGUGGUGCUUCCUGUCAGUGUGUGUGUGGGAUGGCGUGUGUGUUGACAUUUAUUGCUGUUUGUGUGGGUGAGUGAGAGUCAACCAUGUAGAUGUAUUGAUAUACAGUUAUUUGUCGGUGAUGUGUAGGAUUUAGGAUUUGUCUGUGUUUUGUCAAUAUGUCAAGCAUGAUGCCAGUAGCCUGGUUAAUGGUAUUUCUAUACGAACUUUCCCCUCUGGUAUGAUAGGUGGCGUUCUCACCAUAUUGCCUAGAUCUAUCCAAUGAUUUCAUAUCCACACGUGGCUAAGGCCUGGUUAGAGGUUGUUACUGAAACGGGUCUCUCUCUGUCUCUCUCUCCUCCUACCUCCCUCACUCCUCUCUCUCUCUUCUCUCGCUCUGAGAGGGGGAUGCCAGAGGGACAGGGAGCAAAGGACCCGUCUCCAUAGCAACAGCUUCCACUAGCUACUGCAAGAGAGAUGGAAGAGUGGGAUUGGGAAGAGGGAGGAGAGUGAGUGGCAAAAGGAGUAGAGAGGGGGGGAAGAAGUGAGGCAGGGGAGAGAGGAGCGGUUAGGGCUGUGAGAGGCAGGGAGGGGAGAGAGGAGGGGUUAGGGCCGUGGGAGGGAGGGGAGAGUGGGAUGGAAGAGGAGAGGUUAGGGCCGUGGGAGGGAGGGGAGAGAGGAGAGGUUAGGGCCGUGGGAGGGAGGGGAGAGAGGAGAGGUUAGGAGAGGUUAGGGCCGUGGGAGGGAGGGGAGAGAGGAGGUUAGGAGUGGGAGGGAGGGGAGGAGAGGAGAGGGAUUAGGGCCGUGGGAGGGAGGAGAGGGGAGAGAGGGAGGCCGUGGGAGGGAGGAGGGGGGAGGUAGGGAGGGUGGGAGAGGAGAGGUUAGGGGGGAGAGGAGGGGAGAGAGAGGAGGGUUAGAGAGAUGGGAGAGGAAGGUUAGGGAGGGGGGGAGAGAGAGGAGGAGAGAGAGAGAGGGAGGGAGGGAGAGAGGAGAGGUUAGGGCCGUGGAGAGAGAGGAGUGGGGAGAGAGGAGAGGUUAGGGCCGUGGGAGGGAGGGGAGAGAGGAGAGGUUAGGGAGGGAUGGGAGAGAGGAGAGGUUAGGGCCGUGGGAGGGAGGGGAGAGAAGGAUGCGAGAGAGGAGAGGUUAGGGCCGUGGGAGGGAGGGGAGAAGGAUGGGAGAGAGGUUGAGAAAGAGGAGGAGUACAGAUGUUUGGGAAUAGAGAGAGGGUUAAGGGGAAUCAGCCGGAGAAAGAGGAGUAUGGAGGAAGACCCUAUGUUGUCCCCAGGGACUCAGUGGCCUGUUCAUGGGCAGAAUUAGCAUAAAGACAAGGGGGAUGGUGUGGUGUGUAUCAGUUUAACAGAAAGUGGGAAGGACAGGGUUUAGGGUGGAUGGUGUGUGUGUACAUUUCUGUGUGUGUGUACAUUUCUGUGUGUGUGCAUCUAUUAGUGUGUGUGAUUGUGUGCUUCAUCUUUUAACGUGUGUGUGUGUGUUGCAGAGUGCGGCAGCAGCCCCCAGUCCUGUGAUGGGGAACAUGCCUCCUAACGAUGGCAUGCCAGGAGGACCCAUGCCGCCUGGAUUCUUCCAGGUAAUACACCUCUAUUCAUCCAUCUCUUUACGCACGGUAAAACAGCCUCUUUUUGACGUCCCUCCCACCACUCCUCCAAGUAUCUUCACCAUCCAUUACUUUACUCCCUCUCUUCCUAUAUCUCCUUCUCACACUCCUUUUUUUCACCUCCCUCUCUAUUCUAGACCUCCAAUAAUCCCUCACUCCUCUCCCCUUCUCUAUACACACACACGGCCAGACAGUGUGAUGGACAGCCCUGGCAUUUGGCAGCAGGGAUGAUAAGGUGGAACGGAGAGAGGUGGAGGGAGGGAGGGAGAGAGAGAGGUAGAGAGAGACGGGCCUCAAUGUGUUUGUUUCUGUGGCUACCACUUCAUUGUUUGUCUCGAGAGAGAGCGAAAGAGAGAACUGGAGAGAGAGAGUGCAAAUGCGAGAGCAAGAGAGAGAGGGAGAGCUAGAAUGGGAGAGAGGAAGUAGGUGAGAGUGGGAGAUGGCAAGAGAAUAGUGAGGGAGCGAGAAAAGAGAGGGAGAGGGAGACGCACGGAAGUGCUAUUUAUAACACAAGUGGGGGAGGAGGAGGAGGGGGUGUGUGCUUGUGUUGUCCUUUUUGUACAAGUGGCCUUAUCAUUAGCAAGAGCUGUUUGCUGCAAAUAUGCCUGUGUUGCUGUUAUCGUGUGUGUGUGGUGUUUGUUCGCUAAUGAGUUUAUUUUAAAUUUUUAUAGAAAGACACACACACAAAAUAAACCUGAAGUCAUACAUGCAUAUUCUCUACAGUUCAAACAGUUCCUCGAGUCUAGCUUCAUGUCCUGAUGUUGACCAGUGUGGGAUGGACAGUGACCAACCAUGCUGUAGGCUCCUCGGAUCCAGUGUUGUUCUGAGCUGUGCGUUUUAGCUGUGUCAACAUUGCGCUCUAGUGGUGAAGACACCUUCUUAUGAUGGAUUAGGAAAACUGCCUGUUCCAUAUCAACCCCCAGACUGGAUAGUCAGAAUGAUUGAUUGGCUAGCUCCUCUUCCUUUUUGUGUUCUGGUUGGCUGGCUCCUCUCCCUCUCUGUGUUCUGAUUGGCUACUGGCUAGCUUCUCUUCCACAUCCCUGAUUGGCUUGCUCCUGCAGGUUUAAUUGUGUUAGCUCCUCCCUCUCUCUGAUGUCACUCUUCUCUUCUCUCAGGGUCCGCCAGGCUCCCAGCAGUCUCCUCACGCACAGCCCCCCCACGGCAUGGGACCACACGGACAGGUAACACACACACACACACACACACACACACACACAUACACAUAUAUAUAUAUAUAUAUAUAUAUAUAUAUAUAUAUAUACACACACACACAUAAAUAAUUGACUCUCCUCUGGAGCUGCUCUCGGGGGUUGGAGCUCUAGUCUCCACACACACACAAACACACUCCACCAACACCUCAUCAAUAAAACAAAAGAUGAGCUGCUGUUGACCUACACACUGAGUGCACAGAUGCAUAUGUGCGCAGGACAGACAAGACACACACAAUGAUCCACAUGUAACACUAAGGCUAAGGGAGGAGAGCAAAGGCUAAAUCCUUGAAGACAAGCUUCCUCUGUAAAAUACAUCUCAUGAAUGAGCCUUCUCAUUGUUUUGGUGUCUGCUCGUUGUUUUGGUGUCUGCUCGUUGUUUUGGUGUCUGCUCAUUGCUGUGUUGUGUUCUCACCCCCUUCAUCCUCAUCCUCCAUUCACACACUGUCCAUCAUCUGUCUGCUCAACUCCUUUUCAGUGGGAAUGACAAAAACUCUCUCUCUGUCUCUCUCAGCCUUUCAUGUCGCCACGGUUUCCAGGUGGACCCCGCCCCUCACUCCGAAUGCCAAAUCAGGUAUGGAGCACACACUCACCUAUACAGCUGAACACAUACUUUCAGGUAAUAUGUGCUGGUGGUCCAUACUCACUAUCACACUUUCUCUCAUCUGUCUGUUUCCCUCAGCCUCCAGGGGUAAUCCCUGGUUCUCAGCCUCUCCUGCCAAACAGCAUGGACCCCACCAGACCACAAGGUAGGUGUGUGUGUGUGUGUGCAUGCGCGUUUGUGUGUGUACACACAUUUUUUAUGCUCCCACCUGGACAAAAGGAACACCUAUGUGAGAAUUCUGUUAAAUAGGGCGGUAGGUAGCUUAGUGCCAGUAACCGAAAGGUCGCUGGUUCUAAUCCCCGAGCCGACUAGGUGAAAAAUCUGUCUGUGCCCUUGAGCAAGGCACUUAACCCUAAUUGCUCCUGUAAGUCGCUCUGGAUAAGAGCGUCUGCUAAAUGACUAACAUAAAAAUAAUAAAAUAAUUGACUACAGCUCAGCGUUCAAAGCCAUAGUGCCCACAAAGCUCAUCACUAAGCUAAGGACCCUGGGACUAAACACCUCCCUCUGCAACUGGAUCCUGGACUUCCUGACGGGCCGCCCCCAGGUGUUAAGGGUAGGCAACAACACAUCUGCCACACUGAUCCUCAACAUCGGGGCCCCUCAGGGGUGCGUGCUUAGUCCCCUGCUGUACUCCCUGUUCACCCACGACUGCGUGGCCAAGCAGGACUCCAACACCAUCAUUAAGGUUGCUGACGACACAACAGUGGUAGGCCUGAUCACCGACAACGAUGAGACAGCCUAUAGGGAGGAGGUCCGAGACCUGGCAGUGUGGUGCCAGGACAACAACCUCUCCCUCAAUGUGAGCAAGACAAAGGAGCUGAUCGUGGACUACAGGAAAAGGAGGGCCGAACAGGCCCCCAUUAACAUCGACGGGGCUGUAGUGGAGCAGGUCGAGAGUUUCAAAUUCCUUGGUGUCCACAUCACCAACAAAUUAUCAUGGUCCAAACAAACCAAGACAGUCGUGAAGAGGGCACGACAACGCCUUUUCCCCCUCAGGAGAAAAGAUUUGGCAUGGGUCCCCAGAUCCUCAAAAAUGUAUAUAGCUGCACCAUCGAGAGCAUCCUGACCGGUUGCAUCACCGCCUGGUAUGGCAACUGCUCGGCAUUCGACUGUAAGGCGCUACAGAGGGUAGUGCGUACGGCCUAAUACAUCACUGGGGCCAAGCUUGCUGCCAUCCAGGACCUAUAUACUAGGCCAGGGCUGCCCAACCCUCUUCCUGGAGAUCUACCCUCCUGUAGGUUUUCAGUCUAACCCUAAUUUAGCGUAUCUGAUUCAGCUAGUUAGGGUCUUGUUGAGCAGCUAAUAAGUAGAAUCAGUUGUGUUUAAAUUAGGGUUGGACUGAAAACCCACAGGACGGUAGAUCUCCAGGAAGAGGGUUGGGCAGCCCUGUACUAGGUGGUGUCAGAGGAAGGCCCAAAAUGUUUUCAAAUACUCCAGUCACCCAAGUCAUAGACUGUUCUCUCUGCUACCGCACGGCAAGUGGUACGGGAGCGCCAAGUCUAGGUCCAAAAGGCUCCUUAACAGCUUCUACCCCCAAGCCAUAAAACUGCUGAACAAUUAAUCAAAUGGCCACCCGGACUAUUUACAUUGACUCACUGUUCAUUAUCUAUGCAUAGUCACUUUACCCCUACCUACAUGUACAAAUUACCUCUACUAACCUCUACCCCCGUACAUUGACUCGGUACCGGUGUACCACCUGUAUAUAGCCUCGUUAUUGUUAUUUUAUUGGGUUACUUUUUAUUAUAUUUUUUACUUUAGUUUAUUUAGUAAAUAACUCUAUUUCUUGAACUGCAUUGUUGGUUAAGGGCUCGUAAGUAAGCAUUUCACGGUAAGGUCUACACCUGUUGUAUUCGGCGCAUGUGACAAAUAGAAUUUGAUUUAAUUUGUUUAUGUAAAUGUAGUGUUUCAAGUGGCAUUCCGCACUUCUCAUUGGAUAACCAUUGAUGACGCCAGCAUCCCCCAGGACCCUACAGAUGUAGGGGUCAUCUGGGUAGAAGAUAUGAUCGUGUGUGUUUUGUCUUGAGAUUACAGGUUCAGAUUAGAGAUGACUGUUUAACCCAACAGGGGUCCCAGUUUAAUGAGAUUAGAGGAGAGUUUAGUCUGUUGCCUGCCAUAGACUGGCCAUAUGUGGAUUAGGUGUGGAGAUGACCGCCUCAUCGGAUAAAAGCAUUUGCUAAGUGAUGGAAUGAUCCAUAUUAGACCGUCCCAUAGUAUCUUCAUGUUAACUACCAGUGUGUGUUGGUGUUAAGACUGUGUUCUUGUUAUCUUUUCUACUAUAGGACAUCCUAAUAUGGGCGGGCCAAUGAGAAUGAACGCUCCGCGAGGAAUGGGGCCCAUGGGUCCACAGGUAAGCACACACAUACAUACAUACAUACAUACAUACAUACAUACAUACAUACAGUGGGGGAAAAAAGUAUUUAGUCAGCCACCAAUUGUGCAAGUUCUCCCACUUAAAAAGAUGAGAGAGGCCUGUAAUUUUCAUCAUAGGUACACGUCAACUAUGACAGACAAAAUGAGAAAAAAAAUCCAGAAAAUAACAUUGUAGGAUUUUUAAUGAAUUUAUUUGCAAAUUAUUAUGGAAAAUAAGUAUUUGGUCAAUAACAAAAGUUUCUCAAUACUUUGUUAUAUACCCUUUGUUGGCAAUGACACAGGUCAAACGUUUUCUGUAAGUCUUCACAAGGUUUUCACACACUGUUGCUGGUAUUUUGGCCCAUUCCUCCAUGCAGAUCUCCUCUAGAGCAGUGAUGUUUUGGGGCUGUCGCUGGGCAACACGGACUUUCAACUAACUCCAAAGAUUUUCUAUGGGGUUGAGAUCUGGAGACUGGCUAGGCCACUCCAGGACCUUGAAAUGCUUCUUACGAAGACACUCCUUCGUUGCCCGGGCGGUGUGUUUGGGAUCAUUGUCAUGCUGAAAGACCCAGCCACGUUUCAUCUUCAAUGCCCUUGCUGAUGGAAGGAGAUUUUCACUCAAAAUCUCACGAUACAUGGCCCCAUUCAUUCUUUCCUUUACACGGAUCAGUCGUCCUGGUCCCUUUGCAGAAAAACAGCCCCAAAGCAUGAUGUUUCCACCCCCAUGCUUCACAGUAGGUAUGGUGUUCUUUGGAUGCAACUCAGCAUUCUUUGUCCUCCAAACACGACGAGUUGAGUUUUUACCAAAAAGUUAUAUUUUGGUUUCAUCUGACCAUAUGACAUUCUCCCAAUCCUCUUCUGGAUCAUCCAAAUGCACUCUAGCAAACUUCAGACGGGCCUGGACAUGUACUGGCUUAAGCAGGGGGACACGUCUUGCACUGCAGGAUUUGCAGAUCGAUUUGCAGAGCCCCAGAUCGAGGGAGAUUAUCAGUGGUCUUGUAUGUCUUCCAUUUCCUAAUAAUUGCUCCCACAGUUGAUUUCUUCAAACCAAGCUGCUUACCUAUUGCAGAUUCAGUCUUCCCAGCCUGGUGCAGGUCUACAAUUUUGUUUCUGGUGUCCUUUGACAGCUCUUUGGUCUUGGCCAUAGAGGAGUUUGGAGUGUGACUGUUUGAGGUUGUGGACAGGUGUCUUUUAUACUGAUAACAAGUUCAAACAGGUGCCAUUAAUACAGGUAACGAGUGGAGGACAGAGGAGCCUCUUAAAGAAGAAGUUACAGGUCUGUGAGAGCCAGAAAUCUUGCUUGUUUGUAGGUGACCAAAUACUUAUUUUCCACCAUAAUUUGCAAAUAAAUUCAUAAAAAAUCCUACAAUGUGAUUGUCUGGAGAAAAAAAAUCUCAAUUUGUCUGUCAUAGUUGACGUGUACCUAUGAUGAAAAUUACAGGCCUCUCUCAUCUUUUUAAGUGGGAGAACUUGCACAAUUGGUGGCUGACUAAAUACUUGUUUUCCCCACUGUACAUACAUGCAUACAUGCAUUCUAUGGUUAUGACACUGUAUCUCUUCUCUCUAUGUAGAACUACGGGGGUAUGAGACCUCCUCCUAACUCCAUGGGUGGUCCUAUGCCUGGGAUGAACAUGUAAGUGUUCCCUCCAUAGGGAGUAAUACGGUCUAUCCCAUAGCACCAGCUUCAUGAUUGAAUAUCUAAGGCCCCGACAUCAUGAAUGUUGAACUGUUGUUUUCUUGGUUUAUGGCAGUAUUUCCCUGUACUUAUAGUGUCUCUCUCUGUGUCUCUCUCUGUGUCCUCUCUCUGUGUCUCUCUCUCUCUGUCUCUCUCUCUCUCUCUGUCUCUCUGUCUAUCUCUCUGUCUCUCUCUCUCUGUCUCUCUCUCUCUCUCAGGGGUCCUGGUGGUAGAGGGCCGUGGCCUGGUCCCAAUGCUAACUCAGUAAGUCACUUUGUUUCCUCCUCUAUUUGUUAGAUUAGAUGAUGCAUUACGAUGAUUGUUAUUAUUAAACAGGUGGCUUGAAAAGGUACUGUACUGACCUCUUGUUGCUGGAGGAAAGAACGAUGACCCCUAACCUGUAGUUUCCCUUCUCUCAUCACAGAUACAAUACUCCUCCUCAUCUCCAGGCCACUAUGUGGUGAGUAGCCAACCGUCAGUGUGUUCAAUAACACCUCACUCCUAAAACUGUUCCUUAGAUGUAGAAAUGGGAAAUUGUGUGCACUGUUCUUAUUGACCUUAUUGAACUAUCUGUUUCCCAGGGUCCUCCAGGAGGAGGGGGGCCGCCUGGAACUCCCAUCAUGCCCAGCCCAGGUGGUGCGUCUCUUAAAUAUGCCCCCCAGCACCAGUACUAUAUUUAGGCACUGUAUGUGUGUUGCCUUUCUCUGUGGACUAAUGUUGUACUACUGUCUUCGUCUCCCGCAGACUCAAACAACUCCAGUGAAAACAUCUACACUAUGAUGAACCCUAUAGGACCAGGAGGAAACAGACCCAACGUGAGUCACAUUACAUGUCCUGUUACACCACAUGACAUCACACAACGUGACACCACAAUACGUUAUAACACAGUAUGACUUUAUCCCCCUGCUGAUUAGAUAAGGCCAUAAAAACAGUCUGAAGAUCCAGUAUCACUGAGACAUCUUUCUGUGUGUGUGUGUGUGUGUGUCAUUCUGACUGUGUGUGUGUGUGUGUGUUUUCUCUCCCAGUUCCCUAUGGGCCCAGGGCCCGAUGGACCGAUGGGAGCCAUGGGAGCCAUGGAACCACACCACAUGAACGGAUCACUAGGUGGGUGCUAUGACAGGGUUAUGAACACCUGUAAUAAUGCAGUCUUAAGGGUGACAUAAUGUUCAGUGCAUGGAUUAACUGUUUGAAUCUCAUCUCUCUCUCAUUGUCUCUCAGGCUCUGGGGACAUGGACGGGUUGCCAAAGGUGAAUAUAAUUGCCCUUUUCUACAACUUUUUACUUCAAUCUCUCAAACAGGCGGAGGGUUUACGGUCAAAGGGACAUGUCUUGGUGCUGCUGGACAAAUAACUUGUGGUACUCAUGCAUGUUUGUUUUACGUAUUUGUAGGGUUAUCUUACUCUCUCUCUCUCUCUCUCUCUCUCUCUCUCUCUCUCUCUCUCUCUCUCUCUCUCUAUCCCUCUCUCUAGAACUCUCCUAACAACAUGGGGGGUAUGAGCAACCCUCCCGGGACGCCGCGGGACGAUGGAGAGAUGGGUGGGAACUUCCUCAACCCAUUCCAAAGUGAAAGUGUGAGUACUGCUGGCCGAUGACCCCUGAGCCUUGAACCUUGACCCCUCAAGAACCAGGGUGGGAGACCUGGUAUGUAAUGUUGUAGCGUUUACAUAUUCACUCAUCUCUACCACUCCCCCCCCCUUCCCUUUCUCUCUUCACAGUAUUCACCCAACAUGACGAUGAGUGUGUAAUUUAAUUUCUUUAUUUUUGUAUUUUCUUUUGGUUAUUUUCUUUUUGUACCUUUCCACCUGGAUCUUUCCAAUCCCCACACCCCUCACCUUGGAUCGGACUCAUUCUGCCUUUCCCACCUCAACCCUACCUCCACCCCCUCGGAACUCUCACCGCUAACCAGGCUUCUAGGACAGUCCUGGGGCAUGCUGGGCCUCUAGUGAAGUUGGAGCUUCCCGACGCUGUGUGUGGCAUAGACAGGAAACAGAGACACAGGAAGUCCCUACUCUCUGACCCCGCCCCCUGCCUCUCUGACUUCUUGUCAGGGUCUGGACAAUGA